AUGCUACUGUCCAUUAACCCCUUCAAGCCCCUGAACAUCUACACAGAUGAGCUGAGACAGAAAUACCAGUGCAAAGAGCAGCAGAGAAACCCACCCCAUGUGUACGCCAUAGCUGACAACGCCUUCAGCCAGUCUCAGAUCUCAACACAGGAGCAGUGCAUCAUCAUAAGUGGCCAGAGUGGUUCAGGAAAAACUGAAGCUACCAAGCUGAUAGUUCACUACCUCAGCUCCAUGUAUCAGGGUAGAAACAACAAUCUGCGACAGCCCAUGGAGGUCUUUCCCAUCCUGGAGAGUUUUGGGAAUGCCAAGACCAUCCUCAACAACAACUCCAGCCGCUUUGGCAAGUACCUCCACAUCCACAUUCUCCAUGGGGUCGUUGUAGGGACCUCAUUGUCCAGGUAUCUCCUUGAGAAGUCCAGGGUUGUAUUUCAGGCCAAUGAGGAGAGGAACUACCAUGUGUUUUAUGAGCUGCUGGCCGGUAUGAACGACUGGGACAAACAGGAGCUCUACCUGCAGGGAGCUGAGACCUAUUACUACCUGAACCAAGGUGGUGCCUGUGAGCUGAACGGGAAGCAGGACAAAGAGGACUUCCAACUUUUGGUUCAGUGCUUUGACACCAUCGGCCUCCACGCUGACCAGGUCUCCACCGUCUGGGCCAUCCUGUCCUCCAUUCUGCAGCUCGGCAACAUCUGCUUCAGCUCAUACGAGAGCGAGUCCUUUGAGGUGUCCCGGAUCUUCAGCGAGGCUGAGGCCAGGAGGGUUGGCUCCCUGCUGCAGAUUUCCUCUGAGGCCCUGCAGACUGUCAUCACUCACAGAGUCACAGAGACGACGUACGACAGGAUCUACUGCCCUCUGUCUGUGGAAAGUGCCAUAGAAUCCAGAGAUGCCAUAGCCAAAGCCUUGUACUCAGUGUUGUUUGACUGGUUGUUGGAGCAGAUCAACGACUGGCUGAGUCCCACAGAGAUGGACAGCACAGUGGGGAUAGUGGACAUCUACGGGUUUGAGGACCUGGGAGUGAACAGCUUUGAGCAGCUGUGUAUCAACUUUGCCAAUGAGCAGCUGCAGCACUAUGUCAACAAGGCAGUGAUAUGUCAGGAGGAGGAGGAGUACAGUGCAGAACAGAUCCAGUGGCACUCGAUGCCGCACAAGAACUUCCACUCCUGCCUGGAGCUGAUCUCUUCCAGGCCACACGGCAUCCUCCGCAUACUGGACGCCCAGACCUGCCUCCCCCAGGCCACCGACCACACCUUCCUCCAGAAGUGCCACUAUCACCAUGGGAACAGCCCCCACUAUGCCAAGCCCAAGAACCCACUCCCAGUCUUCACUAUUUAUCACUAUGCUGGAGCUGUCACCUAUCAGGUCCAUAACUUCCUGAAUAAGAACCACGACCAGUUCAGGACAGAAGUGGUGGAGCUUUUCGCCAGGAGUCGCUUAAAGAUCAACGACUGGCUGAGUCCCACAGAGAUGGACAGCACAGUGGGGAUAGUGGACAUCUACGGGUUUGAGGACCUGGGAGUGAACAGCUUUGAGCAGCUGUGUAUCAACUUUGCCAAUGAGCAGCUGCAGCACUAUGUCAACAAGGCGGUGAUAUGUCAGGAGGAGGAGGAGUACAGUGCAGAACAGAUCCAGUGGCACUCGAUGCCGCACAAGAACUUCCACUCCUGCCUGGAGCUGAUCUCUUCCAGGCCACACGGCAUCCUCCGCAUACUGGACGACCUGGGAUGCCUCCCCCAGGCCACCGACCACACCUUCCUCCAGAAGUGCCACUAUCACCAUGGGAACAGCCCCCACUAUGCCAAGCCCAAGAACCCACUCCCAGUCUUCACUAUUUAUCACUAUGCUGGAGCUGUCACCUAUCAGGUCCAUAACUUCCUGAAUAAGAACCACGACCAGUUCAGGACAGAAGUGGUGGAGCUUUUCGCCAGGAGUCGCUUAAAGAUGGUGUCCGAGUUGUUCCGGAAGCUUCAGGACGGUUACAUUCAGCAGAGGGAGCUGGGCUGGAGAGGGAAGGGCCUCCGCCAGCAGCCCUCCACCGCUGCCUCACACUUCCUCCAGUCCCUGACUGAACUCACCACCCGCCUGGAGAGAUGCAAAACCACGUUCAUCCACUGUCUGAAGCCAAACUAUGUCAAGCUUCCUGGGAUCUUUGAUGUGGACUAUGUGUCAGCCCAGCUGAGGCAUGCUGGGACCCUGGAGACCAUCCACAUCAGGAAAGAGGGUUUCCCCAUACGGAUUCAAUACUCCUACUUCAUCGAGAGGUAUGGGGUUCUGCUGACCCAGAGGUUGAGUGAGGUGUCGGACAGAGAGCAGACGGUGGCUCUGCUGGAGAUGGUCGGUGCAGAGGAGGGACACUACCAGUUGGGCCUCACCAAGGUGUUCCUCAAGGAGCUUCUGUACCAGCAGCUGGAGGAGAAGUGGAGCAGCACUCAGACCUGGGCUGCCAUCACCAUCCAGAGGAACAUCAGGGGUUUCCUGUGCAGGAGGAACUUCAGGUUUUUCAAACAGAAAGCCAUCGUCAUCCAGAGCCACAUCCGAGGACACCAGGCCAGGAAGUACUACAAGCGUCUGAAGCAGUCCUUCACCCAGUUCUGGGCGGUGAUGCUCGUCACUAGAGACACCAUCAAGAGACGCCAUUGGAGGAAGGACUUUCACGAGAGGAUCAAAGUAAAAACUGUGACAAAGACCAAGUCUGUCUCUCCAGGAAUGGAUGUGGGGAUGCUGGAGAUCCCUGCUGAGCUGUCAGCCAGACUCCGCAGUGCAGCAGGGCGGCAGCAUCCGUCAGGGGUCACAGAGGCCGCACCUCCACAGGUGAAGGCAGAGCACAAGCUCACCCUGCCUCCGGAUAUAGACAGAUACCCGUUCUCUCGUUAUGCCAAGUCUGUAUUACAUGAUACAUGGUGCCAGCCUCAGGGAUACCCUCUCCAGAGACCCCUCACCUCUCUGGAGCCUGAAGAUGCCAGAACUGCCCUGGACCUUUACAAACUGAUCAUGAGGUUUACAGGUGAGUCAGACCUCAGCAGCUGGAAGGAGCAGAUGUUGGGUAACUACAUAGUUGAGAAAGGCCAGAGCCGGCCCCCUCUGAGGGACGAGAUCCUGGCCCAGCUGGUUUACCACAUGUGGGGUCUGCAGGAGGAGCAGGACAGCCUGAGGGGCUGGCUGCUGCUGACCUGUUGCCUCAGUGCCUUCACCCCCUCACCAACACUGGACAAACCGCUGCUCAAGUAGGUAUGUGUUGACCACGGUCCAGGGGAGUACCGCUCACUGUGCCAACACAAACUGCUGACAUUGCAGCUCCCAGCUCCCACUGCCCGCACCUACCCCCCCCAGCUGAGGUGGACUGCCAGUCAGAGGAAGGGCACCAUGCUGCUGGACGUAACACACCUUCAAUGAUGAGAGCUAACAACUGAAGUGGAGUCAUGGACUACUGGAGAGCAGCUGGCCUCAUGGCUUCUCCAUUCCAGAGGUGUGUCAGAGGCGGUGCAGGGCUGGUCAAUGUCUCUUCUGACAGAUGAAGGCUGGUCGGAUCUGACUGGUUCAGACUUUGAUGAUCUGCUUGGCCUGGAGCAGAAGCUGAGAGUGCUGCCUCCACCAGGAACACCCUCUUCUACAAACUCUGACUACCUGUUCAGCAGCCACGGAGACAGGGCGUGGUCGCACAGAUGGAUCGCCUACGUUGACGACUUGUUUGAUCUAUUCGACCAAGGCCCUCCGGACAUGGACAGAGUAGCCAUGCUAACCGGCAGGAUGAGAGGAGGAGGAGGGAUUGGACCCAUGCAGUCCAUGAGCAUGUAUGGUUCAGGUGUGCCUAUGACAAUGCCAAGCUAUCCUAUGGGAAUGCCAGUUAACCCUUCAAUGCCCAGCUAUGGUGCAGCUCCCAUGAUGCCAACCAUGACAGCCAUGCCAACCAUGCCAGCCAUGAUGAUGGGUCAGACUGCCAUGUCUGCUCCUCCUGCCUCUGACCCCAUGCAGACAUCAGCAACACAGCAGGCCCUCAUCAACCAGCAGGCUUUACUUAUGGCGCAGCAGAUGACCCUGCAGGCAAUGAAUCUGUCCCAGCAGCAGAUUCAGGAGCAACAGAAGAAGCAGGAGCAGCAGCUGAAGAAGGAGGAGCAGAGAAAGAAGGAGCAGGAGAGGAAGCAGCAGCAGCAGGAGGAGGAGGAGGAGGAGAGGAGGCAGCGAAGACGACAGUCCAAUCGGCGCUCCAGGGAGCGCUCUCGUUCACCCUCCCCUCGAGCUCCCUCACCCCCACCUCCCCCACCCAAAACACCUGCACGUAAAUUCACCUCCAACUACAGGGAGCCUGAGCCAGAGCCCGAGAGAGAAGUGGACUUACCAGAUCCAGAUGACCUGCAGUCUUUCCGUGACAAGAAGGCGUACUUCCAAAAGAUCGGCGCUCAGCCCAACGGUGAAAUCAAACCCCAAAAGCCUCGGCGGCUGCCGCCCUCCAACCCACCCAGACAGCAGCAACGCUCCCCGCCAUUAUCUCCUCCAUCACCCCCACCUACAAAACCCAAACCUAAAGGUAAGAUGAUGAAACAACCUGCCCAUGACCCUCCUGCCAGGGAAGCAAACCCCCCGAAAGCAAAACCUAAACCUAUCAAGCCUGAGGUCGAACCCACCUCCAACAUCCGAGAAAUCAUCAAACAGUAUAACAACCGACCACAACCAGACCCCAAACCCUUUGAGCCUGUCAGACAUCCUGUAAAGCACUUUGUAAAGAGGAGUGACCCCAAAGAGGAAGCUCUGGCUAAACUCAAAGACAAAGCACCAGUGUCAAAUCACAAGAAGAAGUGGGUGCCGCCUCCACCGCCCGGGAAGCCUGAGACGGACCAGUCUCCUCUCUGUUCCCCUUCGUCUUCACCUCCCUCCACCAGGUGCCCACGCGUCAUCUCCAGCAACAUGAAGCAGAAGCAGCGCUCCCUGGAAGACCUGUUCGGCUCUCAGCGCUCCAACCACCUUCCGCCUGCUCCCCCCGACUCCCCACCGCCUCCUCUACACCUAGCAUCCAACCUGCAGGAGAUCCCUGACCCACCACCCAUGGCUGCCCCAUCUCUCACUGUGAUGCUGCCAGAGGAGGACGGCAUUCGCUCCACGCUCCAGCGCUUUUCUGCUGGUGUCUACUUCUCUCACUCCAACAUGCCAGGAAAAGUGUUCAUGCGAAAAGAAGUGUUUUAUCCCAGAGAGAUGUUCAACCAGCCUUACAUCCUCAACCUGCUGUGUGAACAGAUCAUGAGGGACACAUACUCUGAUGGCUGUGUGAGGAUCAGCAGAGAGGAGAGGAGGAAGAUGAAGGAUCUGCUGGCCAAUUUCAGUGUGGGAACGACUAUAAGCACCAUCCAGGAUGACCUCAUGAAGAAGAGGAUUGUCAUGGCCGCUCGAGACAACUGGGAAAACUACUUCAGUCGACUGUUCCCUGUGAAGGCGGACGGUGGGGAUGCUCAGGUGCUGGGUGUCUCUCAUCGUGGGAUUCAUCUCUUGAAGGUCAUCAGAGCAUCAGGCAUCAUCCCCAAACAUCUCCGUCUGCUUAGAGGCUACAGUUUUGCAGAGUUGCUGUCGGUCGACCUCCAGGGUUCAGACCGAGUGGAGCUGGAACUGAAGAGUGAGAACCUGGUGCUGCAGUCCACCAGAGCCCCUCAGAUCACUGCCAUGAUCCGACUAUUCCUUCAGGAGCUCAUCAAGGACUCUGGCCAUGUUGUUGCCCUGAAGAGUUUUGUGACAGAUGACAAGAGUUUGCUCAGUUUCAGCAGAGGUGACAUCAUCAAACUGCUGCCAAUGGAAGGACUCCAGACAGGCUGGCGUUUCGGUUCCAUGGGAGGGCGCUCUGGUCUUUUCCCAGAAGAAGUCACUCAGCCAUCUGCGGCGCCGGACUACCACUGCUUCCACCUUGACCGAAGAGAUGAUAGGAGGAAAAGCAUGAGGGGUGCUACACCUCGGCCCAGCAGGGAGGCCUUGCCCCAGGGUUUGGGACAGGGAUUGGUGUCAGGAUCAGCACACAGCUCAAUUCAGGGCUCAGUACUUGACAUGGAGAUCCUCUCAGCCAUGGCUAAGUUUGCCCUUAAGUACUUUAGAGUGGGGGGUACAGGUCUGCCAGCCAGUGGAAGGAACUUUUCAGAGGUGGUUCAACACACAGAGGUCCCCAUACAGGAGUCCCUCAUCCUCUACAAUGAUCCUGAAAUCAAUGAUUUAUCUGUCCAGUGCUUCACGAACUUGAUGCAGUUCAUGGGUGACACACCAAUGAAGAAGAAUAACACCCAGUCAGACUGCCUGAGCCAUAUCUUACUGCUAGGGAAGGAAAAGGAGCUGCUGAGAGAUGAAAUCUACUGCCAGGUCAUCAGGCAGACCACCAACAACCCAACCAAAUCCAGCUGUACCCUCGGCUGGCGGCUGCUCAGCCUGAUGACCGGGUUCUUCUCCUGCUCUGGUACUCUUCAGCCGUACGUCACACAUCAUCUACACACCAUCUCUCAGGACUACGAGCACCCUUACCAAGAGCUGGCACACUUGUGUCAGGAUAACCUCCAGCGAACUCUCAGUUUUGGCGGUCGCCGUAGCCUCCCCUCAGAUGUCGAGAUGGAAGCCAUUCUGGCUGGCAAAAACUUUCGCCGUACUCCUCUCCAGCUGCCAGGAGGCGUAGACUUCGCCAUCAAGAUACGCAGCUUCACUAUGGCAGCAGAUGCGGCAGCAGACGUCUGUAAAAACAUGGGUAUCUCGGAACCCGCAGAGAUCAAAGAGUUCGUCAUCCUCGCCAUUAGACUCAAAGACGGGUUGGUGCGCCCCCUCCAUCCUGAGGAGUAUCUGUUCGACUUCCUGCUGGACGACAACUCCAUGUUCUUGUCUCUGAGGAGAGUGAUGUGGAGGAGCCCCCUGUCCUUCAGGAGCGACCUCUACCUGGAGUUCCACUACCAGCAGCUCCUGAGUGACUACCUGAGUUGGCGGCUGAUGGUUCCUCUGGCUGCAGAUGGUUCUCCAUCAGUCCAGCACAUAGCAGAGCUAUCAGCUCUGCAGCAUCUGGCUCAGGGACAAGGGAACCCCCCCUCACUGCCAGAGGUGAAGGAGUACCUGCCCUCACAGGACAGGAUCAGCAUUAAAGCUGAGGAGAUCCAUUCACUGUGUCUGCGUCACAUACUCACCCUGCAGUCCCUCAGUCCUCAGGACGCCAAGAUACGACUCAUCAAGUUCAUGAGCACGCUGCCUUUGUUUGGCUCCAACACUUUCUUGGCCCAGAAGGUCAGCCUGCGUGGCUGCCCCUCCCCCUGCGUGGUCAGCAUGGGCCCUGAGGGAGUGCUGUUCAUUAACCCUAAAACACAGGAGCACGUGUUUCUGAUUCCUCUGGCAGAUGUGCAGUCCAUGAGAACCAUCCGCGCCAAGAAACAGGGCAAAAUGCCAUCAGUCGACAUCAAUUACGGCAGUUCAGCUCGGCCCACAAAAGUCACCAUUCAUCUCAAACAGGUGAAAGAGUUGUGCCACAUCCUCGCUGUGAUAAUGGAAGAGUUGAUUGGGCCACCAGCCAGCAGCUCUGUUUCCAGUAACCUGUAG